GCGCAAGAUUAGGCGUUCCCGAUAUAACGAAGGAUCAGCAGGGGCGUCAACCCGCUCGAAAGCCCACAAGCACGCAAAGGGACGCGCUUUGUUUCGCGCCGCCUGCCAUCAGCGCCUGAUCACAAGGCGACGCACUUGCCCCGUCUGAUGAAUGGGCGCCCCGCAACCCUUUAUAAGGCGUUGGUCUAAUCGUCGGCAACAUCACUCUUCUUUCUUUCCCCCGGUCAAGCACUCUCUUUCCUUACGCUCCCUCUGUACGCCCCUCCUCAUGGUUAGCUUCAAGAUCCUCGCGGGCGGCUACACGUCGUCCAUCGUCACGUACCUCUUCGACUCGGAUGCGGCCACUCUCACGGUCGGCCCGCAGAGCACGUCGGGGAGCUCCCCUUCGUGGCUCACACUCGGCGCGAAGGACCAGAGCGUGCUCUAUGCGACGAACGAGCUCUCCCCCGUCGGUGCCCUUGAGGCAUUCAAGAUCAACGACGAUGGCUCCGUGACCUCCACGGACUCGAUCUCGUCGCAGGGCAACGGCCCCGCGUUCACCGUCCAGCUCUCGACUGGCGAAGUUGUUGGCCCCAACUACGGCGACAACACGGUCGUGUUCGCGCCCACGAGCGCCGACGACCCCACCAAGUUCCAGCAGGACGCCGCCUACAAGGUCGAGCUCCCGACGGACGAGGGCGUGACGAACCACCCGCACCAGGCGUACGAGUACAACGACGAGGUGUUCAUCCCCGAUCUCGGCGCGGACACCAUCUGGCGCCUCAAGCGCGGCGACGACGGCAAGUACAUCCGCUGGGGCCGCAUCGACCACGACAAGGGCUCCGGCCCGCGCCACAUCGCCAUCAAGGACGACAUCCUCUUCACCGUGCACGAGCUCAACUCGUACCUCACCGCGCAGGCCAUCCCUGACGCGACUGAGACCUCGUCGCCGUUCAUCGCGAACGUGAGCGUCGUGCCCACGGAGAACGUCGCCGAGGGCUCCAAGUUCGCCGCCGCGGAGCUCAUCAUCACCGAGUCCACGGACGAGUUCCCCGAGUCGCUUAUCUACGUGUCCAACCGCAACAUCGGCCAGAUCGCGAACCCCACCGACCCGGGCGACACCAUCGCCAUCUUCCGCUUCAACGGCAACGGCUCGACGUCUGGCUCGCCUUCCGGCAGUGCUUCAGGUGCUUCCUCGGCCGCCCCGACGCAGAGCAACGCCGCUGAGCGCCGCGCUGGCUUCGACCUCCGCCACCGUAUGGUCAAGUCGCGCCGCCAGGAGGGCGGUGACAGCGCGCUCGAGCUCGUUGCGCAGAUCCCCACUGGCCUGCAGCAGGUGCGCGGACUCGCGAUCGGCAGCACGGCUACUGGCACCGACAAGUACGUCGUCGCUGGCGCCAACACGGCUGGCGGUGUUGCCGUUUUCGAGCGCACGGAGGGUGGUGCGAACCUCGAGUUGGUCGCGCGCAACACCGACAUCGCAUCGGCGACGAGCUUCGUUGUUGUUUGAGGAGCCUAGUGUUGUUUGAGGGAUUGUAUGGGUUGCUUGACGGCAAAACGACCUUUAUCGUUAUCUAUUUAUUGAGUGUUUGUACUUCUGUGCAAUGCUUAUUGUUGCGAGGUUUUCUGAUGCAGGUCACGUAUACCAUCUGAGGUCUGAGGAAUUUGGGAAAUUUAUCUCAUCGAG